GGCCAAGAUUUAAUUACUUGAUAAACCCCAAAAUAUCAAUCUUGAAAAUUUGAUUGAUACACUAAUUACAAGUUUUAUUUGUUCAAGUUCCCAAGCUUUUGCUUUAUGACCUUUGCUUUUGUAAUCUUCCUGAGUUGCUCGUCUUCUUUAUUACUUGUACGGUCACAAAUCUCUGAAACUCCUCCUCAUCUUCAACUCUCUCUUUCUUUUCUUACACAACUCAAAAGCUCACCCUCGCUGCUUUCAAUAAUGGAUGGUCCCAGACUCCAUGAACCCGAAACUCUAUCGCCAUGCACCACUUCAAGAAGCGGCGAUUCAAACUCCCCCGAGUUCGAGUUCUGGAUGGUCCGAAACCCCUCUUUUCCUCAGCGUAAUCUGCUCUCAGCUGAUGAACUCUUUGUUGAUGGCGUUCUUCUUCCUCUUCAUCUCCUUUCACUCAAGCCUCCCGAUCCAAACCCGCUUUUGGAUCCUGAACCUCCCUACCAAGAGGAGCCUGGUGACCCGGAGCCUGGCUCUCAGUUGAUUCAUGUAACGACUGACUCGGCAAAUGGGUUGUCAAGUUCUAAGCGUUGGAAGGACAUGUUCAGGAAAGGUAACAAGAAAGCUGUGGCGAAGAACACGGAAGAUAAUAAAGAGAAAGAGAAAGAGAAGAAGAGAGACAAGAAGAGUCAAAGUGGGUUAACUUCAGCCGAGUUGAAUAUCAAUAUUUGGCCUUUCUCCAGGAGUAGAUCUGCCGGGAAUGGAGGAACCCGAGCCAGAUUGAGUACCGGAGCUCCAGGGGCCCGAAAGGUAAGCAGUGCACCAUGUUCGAGGAGUAAUUCAGCGGGUGAGUCAAAGUCAAGAAAGUGGCCGAGUAGCCCGAGUCGGAACAGCCCCAUUUGGCAAGUCAAGCGUGGUGCAGGAGGCUCAGGUGGGAAGAGCUCCGAAACUCCUAAAAGCACCAAGACAAUCGGAAAUGGCGGUGGCAAUAAUAUUAAUAGUAAUAAUAAUGGUAAAGUUAGGAUUUUGAAUUUGAAUAUGAAAGUGCCAAUGAAUAUUGGGUACGGCGGCCACCAUUUGAGUUGUACAAGUGAUGAAAACAGUGCACUCGGGGUUCUGGGUGGAGCUAGUUACAAGCCUGCUAACACCACAGCCGCCGCAUCCGGCUGCGCUGGGACUGCUAGCGGCCGUUCUGAUGGUGGUGCUGGCCAUGGCCAUGGUCAUGUUACCAGCAACGGCAACCUCUUCAACUUCCGCAGCCUCGUCACCAAGAAGGUUUAUUAAAAGUGUAUUAUUAUUAUUAUUAUUAUUAUUAAUUAAUUAAUCAUUAACUCAACUUUUCUCUAAUUAUAUUUUUAUUUUUAUUUGUGUUUUUUUCCUUUUUCCUCUGGUUGAUUACCUUGUCUCGUGUACAAGAAAACAAGAUAAAUAAGGUUGGAAGUUAGGCAUAAAUAUUGUAAAAAAUUUGCUCGAAAAAUUGUUCACUUUUUGUUGUAUACCAAAAUUAUUUAUGUUGAAGAUGUACAUCAAUCACAAUGGAAAAUUAAUCCUAUUCUACCUCA